AGCCAACUCCCAAGCCUUGGGAUCCAGUCUCGCCACUAUCGUCGCUUAACUUCGGCACGCGAUCCUUCGCCCCUGUUAGACUGGACUGUCACAAUGGCGGAACGCAUCUUGAUGAACGAAUACAAGGCACUAUCACAAGAGCCCUGGGUGAACAUUGAAAUCAAUGAGCAGAACAUCCUACACUGGACGAUCGGGCUUAUCGUCCUAAACCCGGAUUCCCUCUACUAUGGCGGCUACUUCAAGGCGAUCAUGAAAUUCCCGAGUAACUACCCUUACUCUCCUCCAGAAUUCCGCUUUGUCCACCCCCUCUUCCACCCGAAUAUUUACAAAGACGGCAAGCUCUGCAUAUCCAUCCUCCACGCCCCCGGCGAGGAUGAAAUGUCCGGUGAAUUAGCAUCGGAACGUUGGUCCCCAGCUCAGCGUGUGGAAUCCGUUCUUAUCUCGAUCCUCUCCUUACUCGACGACGCCGAGAUCUCCUCUCCGGCCAACGUCGACGCCUCCGUCAUGUUGCGCAAGGACCCCGAUCAGUAUAAGUCCAUCGUGCAACAGCACGUGGAGUCGUCCAAGGAUGACAUCCCAGAGGGCUUCAUCAUGCCCACUCAUGAGUCCACCACCUCCACAUCCAAGCCUGUGGAGAAGGAUGAUUCAGACUUCUGGGCCGAGAGCGACGUAGACGACGACGUCUUUGGCGGCAGCGACUCAGAUGAGGACCUCGACGUCGACGACGAUGACGACCAAGACACAGGCAGUGAGGACGAGCACAUGUCAUCCUGAGAUCGAGCAUUCAUCCGUGUCCGGAUGUACAUUUUGGCGUUUGGAACCCAUCCAUCUAUCCCCAUUGACAUUCACAUUCACAUACUCAUUCAUCCAUUAUUAUAUCACAGCAUAGCGCAGGCGCUCCAAGAGAAGGUAACAUACAUACAUACAUGGGUACAAGGUCAUUUGAUUUGAUUGUUUGAGCGUGGUGUUCACUUUUCAACUUUUUGUAUACCUUACUUCUCUGUCUAUUGAUUUUUUAUCCGUCCACGAAGAGAGGCCUCAGUACUGCCUGCCUGGCUUACCCCCUUUCAUCUCUCAUAUCACAAUCUCUACACGUGCAUUCUUGCAUUAUCGUUAUCCUUUAUCCAUAUUAAGAUAGUCCCGAUUCUGUGAUUAAGUUCUGUAGGCCUCCAAUGU